CCUACAUCUACUUUUCCAUCCACUGAGAUAGCUUCUAUUACUACCCAUCCAUAUCAUCUUUUUACUGGGCUACUCAAUUGAACAAAGGUAAGCACCUCGGACUCUCAGCGCUGGUGUCAUUGACAUCAUCCCUGUUGUAUCGCCUUAAUUUCCACCUCGCCAUCAACACUACCCGUUCACUUCCAUCAACCUUCACCCAUCCCAUCACCACCACCACCGCCAACCCAACAGCUACAACAGCACUAAAAAAACGAAAAAUAAGAAAGGCCACUAACAACAAUACCCCAGAGCAAUCUUAAAUCAACAUCAUCAACAUCAUGUCUUUCCUCACCACCGUCCGCACAACCCUUGCCCCUCGUCUGGCCACCCCCCUCCGCCCCGCCAUGACCUCCGCUCUGCACACCUCCGCCCCCCGCGCUGGCCUCAACGAGAGCGAUCGCAACCGCGAUGACCUCGACAAGAUCUACGAAGAGCACAAGAACGACCAACUCAAGCACAGCAAGCAGGGUACCGCCAAGUGGAAGCAGGAGCUGGCCAGCAACAGUGAAGCGUCGGUCAAGGCUGAUCGGGGUGACAUCGACAGCGAUGACAAGGACUUUGCGACGCUGCAGGAACGCACGAAAGGUCUGCCCAACCGGGAGGGGAACGUGAAUAAGACUCAAUAGAUUUUCUUUCUUUUGUGGUGGUUAGGGUUCACGGCUUGUAUUAUGUAUGUCUGUAUUGGGUUUUAGCUUUUGUAUUCAUCUGUCUGGGUUAGAUGAAAUUCAAUUUUUUUUUUCUUUCGG